GGGUGCAGGUUGGAGAGUUUGGAGCCGGGCCCCCGGCUAUUUCAGGUUCGUGCCCAGGAAGCUGGGCUGGGCUGAGCUGGUUCCCUCCUGCUGGGCAUCUGGCCCCCGGAAGCUCCUCCCCAUCCCCUCCUCAGAGAUUCCUUCGAGGGAGGGGAUUAGGGAAAAGGGAGUCGGGAUAUAAGGGGCCGGGACGGCUCCCAGACUUACCUGUCAGGAAGCAAUCCGGGAGGUGGCGGCGGCGGCAGCAGUAGCAGCCCUAGUCUGCCCCGGCCCAAUCUGGCUCCAAGUGUUCCUUCAUAUUGGGUGCUGUUGACCACAAACCACACUGAAGAUCCACCCACCUGAAGAUCCGCCUCUCUUUUUGGGCCAGAUCCAAACUGGUGACUAAGUGACCAAGGUGUUAUUUCUCUUUGUCCACUAACCAUUCCAAGCCUCUCUGACCACACGGGGAGACUCACACUCUGUGAUUAUUUAUUUAUUUUUGGUGAGAGGAACCAGGAGUGACCUACAGGCAGCGCCCUAUGUCAGUGUGAGAGUCCGGGAGAGGUGAGGGAUUCAGGACAACUAGGAUUCAAGUCUCUGCUCCAGCCCACAACAAGAGGUGUGACUCUGGACAAGAUACUCAACCUCUCAGCAGCCCAGGAAAUUCUCUCAAGUUGGUAAACUUUGAAUUUCUGAGCUCCUGCUGCUCCUGAAGCUACCCCGAUGUGGCCUCUCCCUCCUGCUUGCUCUCUGAUCCUGCUGUGGCUGUGCCAGGUCCCCCUAAGCUGGCAACAGUCAUUAGGAUCCCUUAAGCUGCGGCUGGUGGGUGCCGGGAGCCAGCCCGAGGAGGGUCGCUUGGAGGUGCUGCAUGAGGGCCAGUGGGGCACCGUGUGCGAUGAUGACUUCAGUCUCUCGGAGGCCAACGUGGCUUGCCGCCAGCUUGGCUUUGAGGCUGCCCUGACGUGGGCACACAGCGCCAAGUAUGGUCAAGGGGAAGGCCACAUCUGGAUGGAUAAUGUACGUUGUGCGGGCACUGAGAGCUCCCUGGCAGAGUGCAGGUUCAACGGCUGGGGCAUCAGUGACUGCAGCCACUCUGAAGAUGUCGGGGUCGUCUGCCACCCCCAGCGCUUGCCCAGCAACCGCUCAGAGAGGCCAUCCCAGAUCCUGGGGCCACAGGGGCAGCGGCUGGAGGAGGUACGGAUCAAGCCUGUGCUGGCCAGCGCAAAACGGCAGAACCCCAUUUUGGAGGGUGCUGUGGAGGUGAAAUACGAGGGCCACUGGCGGCAGGUGUGCGACCAGGGCUGGACCAUGAACAACAGCAGAGUGAUCUGCGGGAUGCUGGGCUUCCCCAGUGAGGUGCCAGUCAAUACCCACUUCUACAGGAAACUCUGGAAUAUGAAGAUGAAAGACCCUAAAUCCAGGCUGAGGAGCCUGACCAAGAAGAAUUCCUUUUGGAUCCACCGGGUGAAUUGCCUGGGGACCGAGCCCCACUUGGCUAAAUGCCAAGUGCAGGUGUCCCCAGCCAAGGGCAAGUUGCGGCCAGCCUGCCCCGCAGGCAUCCAUGCUGUGGUCAGCUGUGUGGCAGGACCCCGUUUCCGCCAUCCCAAGGGGAAGCCCCGCCGCAAGGAGGAGCCCCAGGUGCGGCUCCGCGCCGGGGCCCACGUGGGUGAGGGCCGCGUGGAAGUGCUGAUGAACGGCCAGUGGGGCACCGUCUGUGACCGCCGGUGGAACCUGCUCUCGGCCAGCGUCUUGUGUCGCCAGCUAGGCUACGGCUCCGCCCGGGAGGCCCUCUUUGGGGCCCAGCUGGGCCAAGGGCUGGGCCCCAUCCACCUGAGUGAAGUGCGCUGCCGCGGGUACGAGAGGCUGCUCAGCGACUGCCCGGCUCUCGACGCUUCCCAGAGCGGCUGCCAGCACGGGAACGACGCCGCCGUCAGGUGCAACGUCCCUAACCUGGACUUCCAGAAGCAGAUCCGGCUGGCUGGGGGGCGCACUCCGGAGGAGGGCGUGGUGGAGGUUCUGGUGGAGACGAACGGGGCUCUUGUCUGGGGAGCAGUCUGCAGUGACCUCUGGGGGCUCAACGAGGCCAUGGUGGUCUGCAGGCAGCUCGGCAUGGGGUUUGCCAACCACGCCAUCCAGGACACGUGGUACUGGCAGGGCACUCCAGGGGCUGGCAAAGUGGUGAUGAGUGGGGUGCGCUGCUCCGGCACAGAGCUGGCCCUGCAGCAAUGCCAGCGGCACGGGCCUGUGCACUGCUCCCACGGGGUGGGCCGCUUCUCAGCAGGAGUCACCUGUACUGACAGUGCCCCAGACUUGGUGAUGAAUGCACAGCUGGUACAAGAGACAGCCUACCUGGAGGACCGCCCACUGAGUCUGCUGUACUGUGCCCAUGAGGAAAACUGUCUCUCCCAGUCAGCUGAUCACAUGAACUGGCCCUACGGGCACCGCCGCCUGCUGCGAUUUUCCUCCCAAAUCCACAACCUUGGCCGGGCGGACUUCCGACCUAAGACUGGGCGUCAUAGCUGGAUCUGGCACCAGUGCCACAGGCACUACCACAGUAUUGAGGUCUUCACCCACUAUGACCUUCUUACUCUCAAUGGCUCCAAGGUUGCUGAAGGACACAAGGCUAGCUUCUGCCUAGAGGACACCAAUUGCCCCACAGGGCUACAGCGGCGUUACGCCUGCGCCAACUUUGGGGAGCAGGGGGUGACCGUGGGCUGCUGGGACACCUAUCGUCAUGAUAUCGACUGCCAGUGGGUGGACAUUACAGAUGUGCGUCCUGGGGACUACAUCUUCCAGGUGGUGGUAAAUCCUAAAUUUGAGGUGGCCGAGUCAGAUUUCUCCAACAACAUGAUGCGGUGCCGAUGCAAGUACGACGGGCACCGGGUCUGGCUGCACGGCUGCCACACAGGUGACGCUUACGGAGCCAACACGGAAGUCUUGGAACAGCAGCAGCGACUCCUCAACAACCUCAUCUGAGGUCCCGGCCACAAGCCUUCCCCUGCUGCCCCAACACCAGAUACCUCAGCCUCCUGGAGCCACCCCCUCACGGAGCUUCAGCCUCCUGACGAGGGAGAGCGUCCGGGGGCGACAAGAAUACGCUCAGGGAGCCUUGGAAGGAGAGAACGCCAGAGCAGGAUGAGCACAGCCCCCAAGGACGGCACUGGGCUUGGACCUUUGUCACACGGAGCCUGCAGGUGCCCAGUCCCGAGUCUUACAGAACCGCCUUUCCCUGAACUCUGUGUCACCAUCCCCUGGCUCCUCAGGCUCUUGCCUUCUUGGGAUGACCAGAAGCCCCAACUCUAUGGUGCUUCCUGUACGUGGCACUGGGGAGCAAGAAGCUUGAUGGAAUAAACUGUUGUUUGCCAGCAGUCCGAGCACACAGCGGAGUAAGUCACCAGUGAUGUUUAAGUCCACAGGCUCAGACCUCAGUGGAUUCGGCCCCGUGCCUUGUGCCAUUCUCGGCCUCCCAUCCCUUGCCCCGUCCCCGCCUUCUCUGGGGACCCUUAUCCACACGCAGUCCCAAGUCCCAGCAACUUGGGCCUCCGGUCACCACUAGCUCCUGACGUCACGAGGGUCGCACGCAACGAUGGCCCGAGAAAACACAGUGGAUGGGAAGAUCUGGGCUCUGGGACAAGCCAGGGGCCUUCGCCCCAAGCAGGGGCACUCUGUCUCAGGACUGGCCUCGGGUCCAGUUUAAUUCCAGCUCCAGAGUGAACUUCAUAAUGAAUAAAUAAAUUUUGCAAUGUAA